AUCACAUCUAUAUUUUAAAUAUAUGAAAAAGUGUAAAGUACACUCAGUUAAUUAUAAAUAACUCAAGAAAAGUGAAAUUGAAAAAGUAAACAAACUCACCUGUUUUAAUAUAGUAUACAAACGUCUAAUAAUGCGAUAGACGACAGAAGCGUCAUUUAUUUUUGAAGACAAUUGAACACUAAAUUAAAAUUAUUACACAACAUUAAAAAAACAAUUAAAUUAAGUGUGAUAAAUCAAAAUAAAAUACCACAACUAAAAAUAAUAGUGUACAUAAAAAUAAUAUAAACUUUACAUUUUCAUCAACAUUGACCUCUAAUUAUAGCAUUUUAAACAAAUUGAGGAAGAGAAAAGAACGUGCACAUUUUUAAAUUUUUUUGAAAAUUUAAUCAAUUAGAAAUGUUACCAAGCCGCCAACCAAUAACAUCAGAAAACCCAUUAUGGGUAUCUUGGCAUGAUACUCAAAUGAUGGCUUCAUUAAAUCCACAAAAUGUCAUGGAUUAUUUCUGCCGAAAAUCAAAUCCCUUUUAUGAUCGCAUGUGUAAUAAUGAAAAUAUUCGUAUGCAACGUUUGGGCCUCGAAAAUUUACAAAAUAUGGCAGGUUUAGAAUAUAUAUUGCUACAUGUUCACGAACCAAUUUUAUAUGUCAUACGUAAGCAGCAUCGACAUAAUCCUCAAGAAGCUACUCCCAUAGCAGAUUAUUAUAUUAUAGGCGGUACCAUCUACAAAGCUCCUGAUUUGGGAAAUGUUAUUAGUUCAAGAAUUCUAUCAACAGUAUCAAAUUUACAAUCUGCUUUUGAAGAAGCCAGCAGUUAUUCUCGCUAUCAUCCUAACAAAGGUUAUACAUGGGACUUUAGCUCUAACAAACAGUUGACCGAUAAAUCAAAAGCAGCUGCUAAAAAAGAUUCAUCAACCACCAAAGACGAUAAUGGUACAGUAUUUCAAAUGCAACGAGUUGAUAUGCUACUUGCAGAAUUGUUGCGUAAAUUUCCACCACCUAUACCACCAAUAAUUCACCAGCAACAAAUUCAACAAGGUGGCCAAAAUGCACAAAACCAACAAGAAGCAAAUGUAAAUAAUUCUCAAGAUGGCAAUACGAACAAUACAGGAAACAAUGGUAAUCCCACUGAAACAAGCCCAACAGGGGGUGGAACAAAUCAGGGCAUAGAUAUUAAACAGGAGAAUGUGGACAUGAAACCGCCACCAGAAAAAAAGUCCAAGGCUAAUUAGGUGAACAACUAUCUCAAAAUUAUUUUAAUCAAUUAAAAGCAUUACAUAUUUAAAAAUUAUGUCUAAGUUUUAUUUAUAUUUAAGCGUAUAAAUUGUUUAAAUAAAAAAAGAUGCUUAAAAA